AUGUCGGUCGAGGACGCUGCCACUCCUGGCAAGCGACGUGUCAAGUCGACUGCUCACUCGCGAGUGGGGCGGUUUGCACCUUUCCCAGUUGAAGAAGGCAGCAUUUCCGCAUGUCGUCCUAUGUCCUCCUCGUCUGUUUUUCUCUUUGACAACCAGCUCCUCUCCGAUGUCAAGAUCAAGUUUGGCGGUCAUCAGCUCUUUGGUCACAAGGUGGUACUUGUGCGCAGAUCAAGGUACUUCCUCCGAGCCUUCACUGGCGCCUUUCCAGUCGCUUCCAGUAGCGAGAUCGACCUCGGCGAUGACGAAGACCCUGGAGCCAUCCGCGCCAUGAUUCGUCACAUCUACGAGCUCCCCUACGACAAGAUGCUCGAAGGAGACACUGCCGACGACACUGCCGCUUACAGCAUCAACGAGGACCUUCUCUUCCACAUCGUCGUCUUUACCGCUGCCGACAAGUACGACGUCGCGUCCUUCCGUCCUCUCGUCGUCAGUCAGUUUGAGGGUCUUGUGGAAACCAAUUGGGAGGGUGAAGAGUUCGCUACCAGUAUCCAAAAGCUUACUGGACCUUCUGCUGGUCACCUUGCCGACAAUACCCUGCAAGCUGCAGCCGCUGCCUUUUGUGCAAAGAAUCUCACCGAGCUCAUCAAGAAGGACGCCUUUGUCAAGAUGAUCCAGGAAGAGGAGCCUUUUACGGGCCGUUUGCUGGGAGGUUUCUUCAACGAACAUGCUUUAACGCCAUCUGAACUCGGCGUUCGCGUCAUGGCCUGUCCCCGCUGCACAAAUACAGUCCGUGCGAAUCUGCAGGAUCACUUCAAUACCUGUGUCGGCUGCCAUGACCGUUGUAGCCAAGACUACGGUAUGACUUCGAUCGGACUCAUCAAGCGUCUGUAG